AUGACUUCGAUAGCAGACGGCGUUCUCGUGCAGCUGGAUGAAGCAGAGCUCAAAUCCAUUUCCCGCAAUAUCAGAACACUUUUCGUAGAGACGCCAUCCUCGGACGAUGUGAUAAAAAUUGAGAAAAAGUUCGACAAUAUCCUUAAAACAGCCCAAACCGCGAACUUGGCCGCAUCCCACAAAGUUGCUGCUUGGAAUGCAUUGUGUGCCUGCAUAGACCGUUGCUCGCAGCAGCCCAGCCAAGAGUAUGCUGGACUUAUUUGGUCUUCGUCGUGGUGGUCCCGAGCUUUCGAUCUGUACAUCUCACAAGCCUACUAUGCUCGUCCCAAGUCGGCACGACAAUUGCUGGACACCCUGACCUCCACUCUACAACCCCUUGUCGAAGAUGAGCAUCAGGAGCUUGAUAUAAGAGGACAAGUCUGUCACCGUCUGAUCGCGCCCUUACUGGACGAUGAUGAUAGCGCUGGUGCAAAGAUCCCUGCUCUUGCAUUGGCGCACAUGCUUGGCAAAGAUGCACUUUCAUCCGAGCUUGUGUUGCGGACGUACAGCUCGCUCACAAAUUCAGAUGAUGCCGCUGGCGAGAUCGCAACGUCCGAUUUCUUGUGUACUCUCUUCCGUUGGAUGAGCAACGGUGACUUCAGUGCCGCAAUCGGUCGUCUGGUCUCGAUAGUCUUGGAUAAGAGCACAGCCGGAGUCCAUGAGCAAGUAAAUGGUCAUGAUGUACCGCGUAUCCCUGUUUGGGCGACCGCACUAUGUGACGCUAUACGCCACGGCUCCGUCGAUGUCGACUCGUUCAGAGCUCACCUGUUGCCGCCGCUGUUCCAGAGAAAUGCUGGAGACUACAAGAACUUUCUGUACAGUGCAGGACUCGCGCAAUUGUUGGGAGACCAGUCCGCGCUUGACUCGCAACCAACAAAGAUCGAAGACUUCGAUCUCGACCUGUUACUUGCUUCACUGCAAUCUGGCAAGGACACAGGUCUGCUCCAAGAUACGGAUCGAGCCGAGAUCGACUUCAUAGACAAUGUGGUUGGUAUACCUGUCAAGCACAUCAGCAAGCUAUUGCAUUGCAACUCAAGCGCAGCUCGAUUGACAGGUCUCUCAUUAUUGACCACAUCUCCUGCAGUGACUAGACCACUACUAUCGACUGCAGUCGACGCCAUCAAGCACAGUCUAAUCCACUUCCUCACAGACACGGAUGCCGAUGUCCGCAGCGAGCUAUUCAGUAUCUUUCAGCGGCUGAUCGAUCGCAUCCGAGCUGUGACGGCUGUGCUGGCGAGGCAAGCCGAUGAAACGCAAUCGGGUAUACUUCAGCAUCACAAAGACUUCUUAGCUUGGCUUCUCACGACGCUGCAUUGGGAGCUCAGGCCGACUGCGAGCUACCAAACGCACAUUUCUGCACUACGUUGCUUGAUGAUCCUUGCCAAGUCUGGUCUGGACGAGUCAGUGCCUCUUAUGAGCUGGAGCAGAUCUGCCACUGGCGACACGAAAUGGCCGUUCAGGAUGUCCGUGCUUGAUAAAAGCUUGCGAUCCUUACUACUCGACCUGACCUUAGAUCCAUUUGACGACGUUCGACAAUGCGCAGCUAUGCUUCUAGGGUUGGGCCCUACCUCAGAUACUUGUAUCAUGAUUGAGACGCAGGAGGCAUUGGCGAAGGCCGAAGCCGUUAUGCUACUGACAGGCCGAGCGGAUCAAGCUGAUGGUGUUGCACACUUACGCAAUCUGCUUUACAAGCAAAGUUCACAAACAGAUGCAGUACUACUGCAGCUUGUCGAUCGGCUCGUGCAGAUGCUUGAUAUCGCCAAAGCAGAUCUGAGCCAAGCCGUGGAUCGCUACCCAGUACACGGUCUUCUCACUAGUGUCAGGUACAUCCUUGACAACACGCCUCCUGGCGAUGAGGUUGACCCACGUCUGAUCGUCUGCCUACAUGAUGUCUGGACUGUGGUGAAGCCGAUCCUUUGUAACGAUGCACCUGAAGGAUAUCUACCUGAAGACAUGGAGGACACAAGCGAAGUAUCUACCAAAGAUACUUUGAGCUACUGCUGGCGUGCUCUCAAAGAGGCAAGCUUGCUCACAGGCACGAUUGUUCAGCACCAGUCCGACCCUGCAUCAAGCAUAGCAGUCCAGCUGUACGAUUUAUGCUUCAUCCAGCUAGCUGAACUACGGCAUCGAGGUGCUUUCUCCACAGUAGCGCAGACGUGGGUGUCAUGCUGUAUUCGAGCCGGCAUUAUAGCCGCGGCAAAGGGAGUCGGUCUGCUACAGAAGUGGUAUCAGGAUGUCCUGCUUAUCCUUGACAACAAGACCACGAUCAACACUCGGCGAUCCGCCGGCUUACCAUCACUACUUUGUGGCAUUCUCGUCGCAGACAAAAGAGGCCGCGUUCUCGAGCAAGCGUUCACAGAUCUCGAACAUAUCGCCCGGUCGCCAGUCGAUUCUGCUCAUGCACAAGAAGGCAGUUUGUCCCAGGUCCACGCCUUGAAUUGCUUGAAAGAUGUUUUGAAGAAUGGCAGACUCGGCGAAGUCUCUGAGCAGUAUGUGCCUCGAGCACUUGUCAUGGCGGCAGACGCUCUACGGUCAGAAGUCUGGGCUGUACGUAACUGCGGGCUAAUGCUCUUCCGCGCUGUGAUCGAUCGGCUACUAGGCACGAGUGGAGCUCACCUUGAGGACGAUCAGAAGAUGCACAAACGGGUGUCUGCAGAACAGCAUCCUCUGCUUCUCGAAAUCGUUCUCGAUCUCCUUGCGCUACCAAGUAAGGAGCGGGACCAAUGCAGCACAACCACUACGAAGCAUGAAGGUGUCUUCCCAGCUCUCCAAUUGCUACAGCGGCUCAAUGUACCCACUUACCGGCUCCCUACUGUGCAGAAAGCGGUCUACGCUCUUGUGGGUAGCCAUGUGUGGCAUAUCAGAGACAAGGCUGCGCGUACAUAUGCUUCGCUCGUACCCAUGACAGACAUACCCGAGCUAGUACAAAGAACUCUGGCACCUUCGCUACUCCACAACACAACGCAUGGCUCACUACUUUGUGCGAAGUACCUGGUACGCAGGUCCGCUAAGGCUACCGGCGGUGGAAGUCCAACACUUAGAACUUGUGUUGAGCAGUGUAUGGUUGUCCAGUACUACGAGCAGCGCUGCACAUUCUCACGAGCAGCGUAUGUGGACCUCUUGCGUGAAGUGAUUUCGACAUGCGGUCAUGAGAACGGUGCAAUGCUUGAGGAGAGUUUGUCGUGGUUGGUGCAAGAGCUGAAGGUGUCGUUGGUAUGUGGUGGCGAGGGAGCUGCACUGCGUCUAGCACUGUCUCGCACCCUUGCUACCUCCCUACUAUCAAGCUUUGCCAUUACACGAGACUCAGACAAGGAGAUUCUGGGGCUUGUUCUCGAGCUCGCACUUGGAGACUCCGAUGCUGGAGUCGCGCUUCUGCAUGAGCUCAAUACCAGACUUAUACCGGCCACAAAAAAUCACGCUGUGUUGCUCUCCAAGAUUUGCGAGAGCGUCGUACUUGAGUCCAGUAUUGCAGUCGCGGUCAAGACCACAGCAUUGAAGCUUCUACUUACGUGCUCACUGUACUUGGACUGCCUUGAGCCGAGAAGUAACACUCACCUUCGCCAUGCACUGAAGAAAGGUUGCUUAGCCGCACAAUCCGAUCAAGUUUAUGCAGAUCUCACACUAGAGACACAAGCCGUGCUGCUUGAAGAUGCCUUCGGCUCGGAGAGCAACCGUGACGAUGCAAGUCUCAUUAACGCGGUAGACGAGCUAGCCAUAUCAUGCAAGUCUGCGGUCGAAGGCCAUGGAUUCUUUACCUCUACAGCGGGUGCUAUGACUAUCGCACGGUUCGAUAACGUUUGGCACAUGCCACUAAAUCAAUCGUACUUGAAGCAGCCACAUCAUUCCCUGCCCGUUCUCUGCAUCGCCACGUAUGAUCUCCUCAACGACGACGACGAAGAUCUUCGCAACCUAGCUUCCACGACUGCUACCAGGCUUCUGCAGAUUACACCGAGUCCACUUUUGCCGGAUCUCCUGCCCGCUCUUGCAUCGCAGAAGCUGCUCGCUUUCAUGAGCGAUAGAUGUGGCGGAUCGCUUUCUUUCGUGCAAGACGUGUUUCGCCGAGCUUUCGGUGUCGGAUUCGGCGGGCAGGCGAGUGUACACGAACGCUUGCGAGCGUAUACGAAGGCAGACACAGCAUUGUUCAUGAGAGAGAAGCAGAAUCUGUACAUCGAUGAGACGCGCGAAGCGAAGUUGUGGUCACGAGCCGCAAUAGCACUUUCACCAUUGGCAAUUCCCGGCGAGCUACUUACACGACUUGCUGAACAUACACAAGAGGGCCUUGCCGCCAUUGCGACGCAGCUCAAUAAAGCCGGCGGAGGACCACUGAGCUGGACAUCAAAACCCGAGAUCUUUGCUCUUAUCUUACAGGUCGUAUAUGGAGCGGAGGUCCUCAUGCGGCUUUCAGACAAAGGAACGAGGAUAUCAGUCCGACCUUCAGAUUUACACCGACAAUUGCUUGCGACAUCGACUCAUGACGGAUGUCACUGCUUGUGGCGGAAAGAGAUUGAUCGCGUUCUGGCGCAUGCAGCUUCGAGUAAGUUGAGCGCUGUACAUGCUCUCAUAGCUCGGACCACGCUUCAGGCUCAAGUCACAGCAGGCGGGAUGUCGGCAUGA